UCAAGAAACUGAGCGAGGACCAUUGUUUACUAUCCUGAGGCAAGAACGGCCGAUUGAAAAUGCUUCCAAGUCCACCUCACUCAGGCAAAACUCGUUUCGUCUCUUCUUCUUGAUUACACUGUAUCUGUAUUCCUCUCUUUCCAGUUUAGUCAUAAGACUCAUAACGGCCUCAGCCCUCACACAAACAACCCAAGAAGAGAACCAUCUAGUAAAAUGGAGUUGCCAGAAAUUGUUGAAUUUGCUCGAAAUUUCUCAGUCAUGGUUAGAAUCCAAGGACCUGACCCGAAGGGUUUAAAGAUGAGAAAACAUGCUUUCCAUCAUUAUCAGUCUGGAAAAACAACUCUAUCAGCGUCUGGAGUUUUGUUACCUGAAACAUUUAAUAAGUUUCCGAUUGUCAAACACAUUCGAGAGAAUUCUUCCUCGGUUUCAGCUUUGGUUGUAACUGUGGCAUCAAUAGUUGAACCUUUUCUUUCUGUACAACAUCAUGAUAAUAAUACUCAGGAAAUUCCUGAGUUGAUUCAUGGAGUUCAAAUUGAUGUAAUGACUGAGGGAAAAAUGAGUGCACAUAAAACCGUAAAUGAUGAUGAGCUUGAUAAAGAAACGCCUAUGUGGUUGAAUUCACAACUCUUGGCAUUGGUGGAUGUCCCCGUAGCAUCAUGUUCACUCUUGGCACUAGUUGAAGCUCCUGCCAGCUUAACUGAACGAGGGUCAUGGGAAGUAGGCUGGUCCUUGGCCUCAUUGAAUACUAAUCAUCAAGCUUUCAAUGACCCACCUCGACAACAGAUCGGGAAUGACACCAGAUCUUCACUGGAGAAGCAAGGUCGUCCAAUGAGUGAAUCGACCAAUUCAAGAGGGAUGGCCAUGUCAACCACUAGAAUUGCUUUUCUUGGAGUUUCAUUUCAUAUUAAGGAUCUCCCAGAUGUGCAUAUUGCACCAUCAAACAAAAGGGGCGAUCUUCUUGUAGCUAUGGGAUCUCCGUUUGGUAUCUUGUCACCAGUCCACUUCCUAAAUAGCAUUUCUGUUGGAUCUGUCGCAAAUUCCUACCCCUCGGACUCUAGUAAAAGCUCGUUACUGAUGGCCGAUAUCCGCUGCCUUCCUGGGAUGGAAGGUGGUCCUGUUUUUGGUGAACAUGCACGUCUUAUUGGUAUUGUUGGCAGACCUAUAAGACAACGAGUUGGUGGUGCUGAAAUUCAGCUGGUGAUUCCAUGGGAAGCGAUAGCAUCUGUGUGGAGAGACAAUGCACAUUCUUCUGACAGCCUUAUUGUUCAUAACCCUUUUAAAUCUCCAAUUCAGAAGGCAAUGACCUCUAUUGCUCUGAUAACCAUAAAUGAGGGAGCUUGGGCUUCAGGAGUGGUACUCAACAGUCAGGGUCUAAUACUCACAAACGCUCACCUGUUGGAACCAUGGAGGUUUGGCAAAACCACCCUGCAGGGUGGAAUGUAUCAAUCCACACUGUCUUCACUCUCCAUGAAUUCCACGGAAUCUGUGGUUACAUGGGGCGUGAGAAGUGGAGAGCAUCAAGAGGAGAGGGAAGGUAUGCUUCCGAGGAUGGUGAAGACAUCCAAGGCAUAUAAGGAUGAUGAACAAAAUCCGUAUAGAGGUGGGUCAGUUUUUAAUACCCAUAGAAGGAUACGUGUUCGAUUGGAUCAUACAAAUCCCUGGACUUGGUGUCAUGCUAGGUUGGUAUAUGUAUCCAAGGGUCCUUUGGAUGUUGCAUUACUACAACUCGAGUCUGUUCCGGACCAACUAUGCGCAAUUGUUCCAGAAUUUAAAUGCCCAUCUGCUGGAUCAAAGGCACAUGUUAUUGGGCACGGACUGAUUGGACCACGAUGUGAUGCAUACCCAUCAGUUUGCUCUGGUGUAGUAGCACGUGUGGUCAAAGCACAGAACUCACUCCAUUCCAAUGGACGAGGUUUGCAAGAGAGCGCAGAAAGUGAUUAUCCAGCUAUGCUUGAAACAACAGCUGCAGUGCAUCCUGGUGGUAGUGGUGGUGCUGUUAUUAACUCAGAGGGCCUUAUGAUUGGGCUUGUAACAAGCAAUGCGAGGCACGGAGGAGGAACUGUGAUUCCGCAUCUGAACUUCAGCAUUCCAUGUGCAGCACUGGAGCCUAUCUUCAAGUUCUCAAAAGCAGAGAUGAAGGAUCUAUCAAUAUUAGAAAUUCUUGACAAACCAAAUGAAAACCUUUCUUCUGUGUGGGCAUUGCUGCCACCAGUAUCGCCCAAGCGAGUUCCAGUGCCUACAGUUCUUGCACAGCCACAAUCACUAGGCAAAGCAAUUAUUGAUAAGGAGGGGAAAGAAAAAGGCUCAAGUUUUGCCAAAUUCAUUUCAGAAAGACAAGGUGAGAUGUUUCCAAAGUCGCCUAGCCAGCUUGUUAGAGUAGAAAACUUUCUCAAGGAAAUUAUUCCUAGUAAGUUGUAAGCAUGCCUGAAGAAACUUUGUAAAGCUACGUAUAGAAAUGAAGUCUCCCAUAUGAAGGAUAAAAACAGGUGUAUAAUUCUUGGAAGUACUUGGAUGAGUUGUAUUCAGAACGGUUUGUCUGCAACUUAGAGAGUAAUUUGUACCUUUCUGUGCUACUAUGUAAUACAGCAACCUAAUAAGCAAAAUAAAAUUGAUUAGGUUUGCCAAGCAUGCAUGUCUCAUUCAUGUACUUGUUGAGAUUCUAAUAAUCCAAAGUUUUGUAAAGUUCAUU